AUGAAUAAAAUGGACUCCCAGAAGUCAAGAAUUGCAUCGAUAUGCACAAAGAUCAUAGAGGAGCCGCAAGAGAAUCUAAAGAUGAUGGAGGAGUUAUUCAGGAUGCUUAGCGACGGGAGAUCAGAAGGCGGGGCAAAAGGGAUUAUUUAUCUGUCUCUUCUCAAAGUGUUCAAGGCAAUUAUUCCUUUGUACAAAGUCAGAUCCUUGAAGGACAUAGUAAAGGACAAAAGAGACAAUCUGCACAUAAAGGACUAUGACAGAAGCCUUCUGAAGUGGUAUGCAUCGUAUAUAAAGAUCUUGGUUGACGAUAUGUCUGAUGAAAGUUAUAUUUCGUUAUGUGAGGUUUUGCAGCAUUUCGACCACUUUAAUUGUACCGAUAAGAUUGUUUCAGGAGUGCUAAGAGGAUCUCUUGGAAGGAGGCCUGUGUCAAUGCUGUGCUGCGACACUAUAAAAUCAAAACUGAGAAGUGACUGCUCUGGAGAACUAAUUGUAAUCAUAUUAGAUCAGAUGCUUGACUUUGAACACAAUCCCCUGGUCCUGGAAUACCUAGUAGACAUUCCGUUUGUGAACAAUUCUCUGAAAAGUGACGAGGAGAAGGCUAGGGAGUACUGGGAGGCCAAUAGGUCUGUUUCUAGAAGAGAGAAGAAUAGCAUAUUCCAUAGAAAGCAGAUAUUCAGCAAAAAACUGAAAAAGAUGGAGAAGGAACGAUUAAAGAUUCAGUCUCAAGUAAGGGACGAGGAAGACAUUGAGGAGCGAGUGGAAGAAAUCAAAACCUGCAAGAAGAUUUAUGACGUCAUCCAGAGAUUGUAUUUUACAAUUCUCAAGAGGAACAGGUAUGAAUACUAUAAGUAUGUGUUCAUAGGACUUGUUAAAUACAGAAAAAUUCUUCGUCCAGAAUUCAUGGAGGGUCUUUAUUUCUUACUGAACAAUAAUCUUUCGAAAGUACCACCAGAUGCUAAGAUUCAAGGGAUAUUAUGCAUAUUAACCCUGUAUGGAGAUGAAUGCUACGAUUUCAACGGGUUGGUGGACUUAGUGUACUCAAUGAUUCACCCAAUGAAUCCAGAGCUUGCAGAUAAUGAUGGGGUUUCAAAGGCCAUUAAGCUUCUAUUCAUAAAAAUAAGGCAGCCUAUUCACAGAGCACAUGUUCUGCUCAAGAGGCUUAUUCUCUGCUGCUGCUCCAGAUCCAUUCCGGAGUUCAGACUCUUAAUCAAGGACAUCUCAGCAUAUUAUGACAUAGAGUUUUCUGAUUGCACAAGCCCAAAGUGCAGAGAGUUUGACCAAGAUGCUGUUCAUGUUGAUUCGAUUCCAGAUAAUCCCUUCUUUGAGUAUUUCCUCUACAAACAGAUACUGUAA